UUGUCUUGUCAUGGAAAAAAAUUAUCAUUAAAUCAUCAUUAUCAACCGGUAAUCAGCCACGUGAAUCGUGGUAUAUGCUGCUUUACCUAAGGCACUGGCCAUAUCGCUGGUCGGCAUCGCAAUUCGCAAAUUUCAAUAAUUCAAUACGUAAGUACCUAGCAAACCUUCAAACGGUUGUUAAGUUUCUAAUUAAGCUGAGAAUUGAUAGUUGAGUGCUGUCCAGCGACUUCGUCAGCUUAUAAAAAUGCCGACCAUUAAUAUCAAAAGAGAUUUGCUCUUUGAAGCACUUGGAAAAACGUACACUGAUGAAGAAUUUGAUAAUUUAUGUAUAUCGUAUGGACUGGAACUCGAUGAAGUAACUUCCGAAAAACAAAUGGUUAUUAAAGAACAGAGCGAAAGCAAAUCUGAAGGUGUUUCGGAUGAUAUAAUUUACCGAAUCGACAUACCAGCUAACCGAUAUGAUUUAUUAUGUUUGGAAGGUCUAGUGGACGCAUUACUUGUUUUCCAAAAAAAGAUUGAACCACCUCGUUUUAAUAUUUUGACAACCAAAGCUCCUUUAAAAGUAUUUGUAAAACCUAAUACUAAACAAAUUAGGCCUUACGUCGUUGCAGCUGUGCUGAGAGAUGUUACUUUCAACCAAGCUCGUUAUGCUAGCUUCAUUGAUUUACAAGAUAAAUUGCAUCAAAAUAUAUGCAGAAAACGGUCAUUAGUAGCUAUUGGUACACAUGAUUUAGAUACAAUAAAAGGCCCAUUUACUUAUGAUGCACAACCUCCUGAUGAUAUUAAGUUUCAAGCGCUGAAUCAAACGGAAGUUCAUAGCGCCACUAAACUAAUGGAUAUAUAUUCAACACACGCACAACUGAAACAAUAUUUAAAUAUUAUAAAAGACAGUAGUGUUUACCCAAUCAUUACUGACAGUGAUGGAGUGGUACUGUCUCUUCCUCCUAUUAUUAACGGUCAUCAUUCAAGAAUUACUUUAGAGACAAAAAAUAUUUUUAUUGAGUGUACUGCGACUGAUUUAAAGAAGGCUAAUAUUGUUUUAGAUACCAUAUUAUGCAUGUUUAGCAAGUAUUCUUCGAAAAAAUAUACAGCUGAACGAUGUGAAGUAGUGUAUCCUGAUAAAUCAGUAAAAUUGUAUCCAGAACUUAAGUAUCGUAAAGAAACUGUGAGUCGUAAAAAGAUAAACUCUUAUUUGGGAAUCAAUGAAAAUAUUGAUAACCUUGCUUCAGCUUUAACGUCUAUGUGUCUGAAAUCGUCUACACAUAAACAAUCCGAUGAAGUUUCUGUCGAAGUUCCACCAACUCGACAUGACAUAAUUCAUGCUUGUGAUAUAUACGAGGAUGUAGCCAUUGCUUAUGGCUACAACAAUAUUACCAAAACACUUCCUAAAACGACCACAGUUGGCUCACAAUUACCAAUCAAUUCAUUAUCAGAUAAAAUUAGAAGUGAAAUAGCUCAAUGUGGUUUUAAUGAAGUCUUAACUUUCUCUUUGUGUUCUAAGGAUGAUGUAUCAACUAAGUUGCGUAAACCAUUUGAUGUAGAACGUACCGUCCGUAUAAGUAAUCCCAAAACAUUAGAGUUUCAAGUAGCACGCACAAAUCUUUUAUCAGGUCUCCUAAAAACUACUGCAGCUAACAAAAAGAUGCCAUUGCCUAUGAAAUUGUUUGAAGUAUCUGACGUAGUACUUCGGGAUUUAAAAAGUGAAGUUGGAGCUCGCAACGAAAGACGGGUGUGUGCUUUGUACUAUGGAAAAACUCCAGGUUUUGAAAUAGUGCAUGGUCUCAUGGACAGGUUAAUGCAAAUUCUGAACUUACAGUUUUCCCCAAAAGACGGCAACACAUACCAAAUAAAAUCUGCCAAUGAUGAAAGUUAUUUUCCUGGACGUUGUGCUCAAAUAUACUAUCGUGGAGUCAGUAUUGGUGUAAUGGGAGUUGUACAUCCAGAAGUGAUAACCGGAUACGAAUUAAAUAUGCCUUGUUCGGCAUUCGAAAUCAAUAUUGAACCUUUCUUAUAAAGACAAAAUACUUCUUGUUAUGGAAAAUAUAACUUGCGAUUUAUGUAUUUUGCAAAUAUAUGGUUUAUAAUUUAA